CUCUUUUGUUUUUAGUUUUUACAAAUCCCCAACAGUUUCUCCCAUUUUCUCUCUCUCUCUUUCUAUCCUUUCACAAUCACCAACAGGGAGGGAGGCAGGCAGGCAGCCACCGCCCUUCUCUUCAAUAAUUCUCUCUUAGGGGCAGUAGCAAAGUUCCAACUUUCAAAACUAAAGAGGAUAAUAUUCUUUCUCUUUCUUCUACCCAUCAUCUGUCUCUCCGUCUUUUUUUUUUUUCCUUUUCUUUAGCAUCGUUUCAAAGUCUACUGUGUGUUACAGAAUUGACUUCUUUGAGCUUUGUGGAAUAGGCCGAAAUCUGGGUUUUUCCUGGUUAAUUAAGGCCGUAGUUUUGGGUGAUUUGAAUAACAGUACUCAGUAGGAGAAAAGGUAGUUUGAUUGAUCCAGAGAUUUCCCACAAGUUUGAGACAUAUUUGAGGUUCUAAUUUGAAAUAAUGAUGAUGUUUGAAGAGAUGGGAAUUUGUGGGGAUAUGGAUUUCUUCAGUGCUCCCCUUGGGGAAAAAGAUGCGGCCGCCUCACAAACUGAACCAGAGGCCACAGUGGAGGAUGAUUAUACCGAUGAAGAGAUUGAUGUGGAUGAACUUGAGAGGAGGAUGUGGAGGGACAAAAUGCGUCUCAAACGGCUUAAAGAACAGAACAAGGGCAAGGAGGGGAUUGAUAUUGCCAAACAGCGCCAGUCCCAAGAACAGGCAAGGAGAAAGAAGAUGUCAAGGGCACAGGAUGGAAUAUUGAAGUACAUGUUGAAGAUGAUGGAAGUUUGUAAAGCUCAAGGUUUUGUGUAUGGGAUUAUUCCAGAAAAGGGAAAGCCAGUAACUGGGGCAUCUGAUAAUCUUCGGGAAUGGUGGAAGGAUAAGGUCAGGUUUGAUCGUAAUGGACCUGCUGCUAUUGCGAAGUACCAGGCAGAUAAUUCGAUUCCUGGCAAGAAUGAUGGCUGUAAUUCUAUAGGUCCUACACCACACACCUUGCAAGAACUUCAAGAUACAACUCUUGGUUCUCUUUUGUCUGCACUGAUGCAACACUGUGAUCCUCCUCAGAGGCGAUUUCCUUUAGAGAAAGGUGUUCCCCCGCCAUGGUGGCCUAGUGGAAAUGAGGAAUGGUGGCCACAACUGGGUUUGCCCAAAGAACAAGGCCCUCCUCCUUAUAAGAAACCUCAUGACUUGAAGAAGGCGUGGAAAGUAGGGGUUCUCACAGCAGUGAUCAAGCAUAUGUCUCCUGAUAUCGCCAAGAUUCGCAAGCUUGUAAGGCAAUCCAAGUGCUUGCAGGAUAAGAUGACUGCGAAGGAAAGUGCAACUUGGCUUGCCAUCAUUAAUCAGGAGGAGGCCUUGGCCAGAGAGCUUUACCCUGAUUCCUGCCCACCUUUGUCCUCAGGUGGAGGAAGUGGGUCUUUGGUUAUAAAUGACUGCAGUGAGUAUGAUGUUGAGGGGGCUGAAGAUGAGCUAAACUUUGAUGUUCAAGAGCGUAAACCUGGGAAUCUCAAUUCUUCUAAUAUGGGCAUUGACAGAAUGAGGGCUGUCCAACAACCACCUUAUCCUAUUAAGGGAGAAGUUGGCAAUAGUUUGGAUUUCAUACGAAAGAGGAAGCCCUCCAAUGAUUUAAACGUGAUGGAACACAAAAUCUACACUUGUGAGUUCAUCCAGUGUCCUUAUGGUGAACUUCGCUUGGGUUUUCAUGAUAGGACUGCAAGGGACAAUCAUCAGUUGACUUGUCCAUACAGAAACUCCUCUGCACAGUUUGGGGGUUCUAAUUUUAAUAUUAAUGAAGUGAAGCCAGUCAUAUUCCCUCAACCUUUUGCUCAAUCCAAGCCAGCUGCUCCACCGAUUACUUCAACAUCCUUUGAUCUGCCAGCACUUGGAGUUCCAGAAGAUGGGCAGAAAAUGAUCAGUGAGCUCAUGUCGAUAUAUGAUAACAACAUUCAAGGCACCAGGAACAUGAAUCCUGGUAACCAUCCAGUUACAGAAGGUCAAAAUCUUCUUCAGCCUAAAAUCCAACAGCAGCAGGAUGAAUACUUCCGUGGUCAAGGAGUCAUGGUGGAGGGAAACUUCUUCGAGGAGUCUAGCAUGCCCAAUAAUAAUCAGAUGUUUUCACAAGGGGAAGGCCAAUUUGAUCGGUUUAAGGCCUUGAAUACUCCUCAGUUUGAGACAAACCAUAAUAACAACAGCUUCCAGUUGAUGUUUGGGUCUCCGUUCGACUUGGCUUCUUUUGAUUACAAGGAAGAUUUACAAGCUGUUGGGAUGGAUACUCUGCCAAAGCAAGAUGUUUCAAUGUGGUUCCAGUAACAAGACCAAGGCCAAAGUGUAGCUAUCCACUUAGAGCUACUGAGCAGUUUGUUCUUGCAGGGAGAUCUUCCUCCCUUGCUGCUUAUUGUAUGCCUAAGGCCUUGUAGACACAUGCACUAGCUAAAACUGUUUUUUUACUGUGUUAUUGUAUUUUUCCUCCCUGUCUGUAGCUGUAGAAGCUUAGCAAGUUUAGCAGGUCUCAUACGGGCUUCAAUAAAAACGUGGGAAGUCCCAUGAUCCUGCUACUGAUUUACAUAGAAUGUGACUGUCUCAUAAAUAAGUUAGGUGUAUUCUCUCUCUGGUUUUUAUUUCUUUUUUACUUUUGUUUCACAACUUCUAAUCAGUUUUCUACCAUUAUCAUGUGGGCAGGAAUCUGAUUGUGAGUGUUUUGUCCUGUAUUGGGUACAUAGUGGACGGGUGUGUUGAAUGGAAACUGUUGUCUUUUAA